AUUACGAUUGCUUGCUUUCGUCUGUGGAGUUUGCCCUCCAAACAAAAGGCCUUCCUUGCAUAUGCUGCAUGCGAUACUUGUUAUUGACAUGCAAGUCGCCAUGCGUGCGUUAGUCCUGCUGGCGCUCCUGGCGCUUCCAUCUGCCAUCGCGGCCGCAGCGGAUGCGCCGAGCCUGCAGCUCCCGGCCUUCAAGCUCUCCGACCUUCAGGCACCAAAUGACGCCACCCUCAAGAGCGUCGGCGAGGCGACUGCCAGUCUGGGCAUGUUCGCCGUGACGGGCUUCAGCGACGAGGCAGUGGCGCACUCUGCCCUGUCCUCGCUCGUGUCCUGCGCUGCCCGCAGCCAAGUGUCGCUACGCCAGGUCAGGAUGGACGACGGCGCCACACGCAGCACACUCGCCACCGCCACCACCGGCAGCGUCCCGCAGCCGCUCCCCGCCGAUGCCGUACGGGCCUGCCCCGACUUCGCAGUGGCUGCCAACCGCCUGCGCGCCGCCGUUGCCGCCACCGGCGACGCCUACGCCUCCAUCCUAGACAAGCUCAUGUACGGCAGCAAUGCGUGCGCCCAUGCUAAGGACAUGACUGUUUCCAAGCCUGCUGGUAGCAAGAGCCUUACUAAUGACAGGGCAGUCAUCCGGUCAGUCGCGGAUGGUGGUGCUAUUGCUGACGGGGCCGCCGGUACGAAUGAGGAGGCCCAACAGCCGCGUUGCUACUCGGCCGCCGUGCGGGCGGCUGAGUCCCUGGAGCAUUUCCACGUGUUCACCCCCGCGCCCGACAAGGCACGUGCUGGCGCUGGUCCUGGCAAUGGCGGUGCUGGUGCCGCUACUGAGCACACGCUGGGCCUGCAUUCCGACAUUGGAAUGUUCCUGGUGAUGAGCCCAGCAGAGCUGUUCAACACCGCCUCCGCCUCCGCCUCAAGUGCAUCACCCAGCAGGGGCAGCGGCUGCAGCCGCAAGCAGCAGGCGCCCCGCCGCGCCCGCGACCUGCUGGUGCAGCUGCCGGAUGGGCGCCUGGUGCGGCCGCUGCUGCCGGAGGGCGGCGCGGUACUACUGGUGAUGAACGGCGAGGGCCUGACACGCUGGAUGCGGCCUGCUACCACCGGGCUCCAGCCCUACAGCCCCAUGCACGAGGUUCUGUCCACCGACAUGGGCGGCGGCGUGCGGGCCUGGUUCGGCCGCAUGUUCAUGCCGCCGCCCUCCGCCCGCUUGCAGCUCACGUCCAGCACUUCCACAGCCGCAUUAAACACGGCACCCAAGACGGCACCCGCUAGCACGGACGCUGUGGCCCUGUCAGCGGAGGGGGAGUCCAUUGCUGGAGCGGUGGAGGCGGCGGCAACGCAGCGCAGCAGCAGCGGGGUGAUGAUGUCGUUUGCGGAGUACCGGGCCCUGACGUACGAGCUGUUCAACACGGGGCGUGGCGCCGCCGCACCCUCGCUGGGCUGCUCGCCGUCGCGGCGGCGGUUGGUGGACGAGGGUUCGUGUGGUGCGGACCAGGUGUUCUGCUGGCACUCAUGCAUGGACAUCACUGAGGCUCUCAGCUGCAACAAGUCCGAGAUCAUCUGCCGCGACCCAAACACUGACAAGCAGUGGCCGCAGGACUUCCCCCCACUUGUCGCCAACAGCACCCGCCCCGGCCACUGCAAGAACUGCACCCUGGCUUGUCCUGCCAGCCCGCCGCCGCCUUCGCCUGCGUCGUUGGUGCCGCCACCGUCACCGUCGCCAUCGCCGUCGCCGUCGCCUUCUCCUGCGCCACGUGCUCGCCCCUCUCCUCGUAAGCGGCCCUCCCCCCGUCCCCGCCCGUCCCCCCGCCCGUCUCCCCGCCCGCCGUCUCCCCGCUCACGCCGCCCGGCGCCUGCGUGAGCGGUAGCGGUGAGGUUCUCGCAAUGGUCGGAUUGAGCCAAGCAUUGUGUGUUGUGGUGCUUGCUUAGCACGCACAGCCGGGCAUAUCUUGCAAGCGCCUUCUAUUGAGCUGUUUGUUUAGGUAUGUCUAGGAUGGACUCCAUCGAGUGCUCCAUGCAUGUGUAGCCGCAUGAGAGGCCCCGAACGGCUACAAACUAGGCAUUUUGGGUCCCUAACGGGUGCCGUGGGUGAGAAUGUGGUUGGGGAUCCUCUCGCUAGUGGUGGCCUACCCCUGGAAGGUACAAGCCCUGAUUGUGCUAUUUGGGCACGGUAGCUUAAUAGGAUACAGCACUUAAAGAACUGAAACAUUGGGGGUGUGGCGAUGCUCCCUCUUGAGGGCUGUGUCAAGGCCUCAAGGGGUGUCAAUCAUGAGCGCUGAACAGAUACGAGUAGGACAUGCUAGCUAGGACGGAGGUCUGAAGGUCCAAGGCCCCUGUAGCAUCAUGCGUGUGUUUUAACUAUGGCGAAGCCAACAACGAACUUGCACCUUUCGCACGGUGACUGGGCAUGCAUGUCACGGAAGGCAGGGGACUGCUGUAGAACCGCCUUAGAACUAGUUGAAAUACUGCCUCUCCCCAAGGUCUGUCUCCCGGUGCAGUGCCGGAAACCGUUGUCCAGCCCCGGAGCCAGCAACCUCGGCAGCAAGCUUCGUGCAUGAAUGUACUGUAUGUCUGUUGCCGCUGCUGGACGCGGCUCC